CUCCUUUGUGUGGAACGCACUGGUCUUGUCUCAUUGUUGUAUUUAUUUUUCUUUGAUUUAUGUAGCCGGGCUGCAAUUAUAACCUCUGGAUCCUAUAACUACUUGUCACAACCCCUGAAUCCGUGCAGUCGAUGAUGUUUAUCCCAUCGAUCACCCUCGCAGCUGCUCUGCUGGCCUUGAGCGGCAGCGUCGCCAAUGCCCAUGGCGCCCAUUCCGAUCAGCCCCCAUCUUCUGACUGGGCGACGCGGCACAUGAAUGAGGAACAUCACAUCGAUUCUUUCGACCCCGGCUCCUUCUUCGCCCUUCACGAUUACGAUAACUCCGGAGCUUGGACUUUGGACGAGGUUCGGAAGACAUAUGGCCUGGACGACGAGUCGAACGCCGGCGUGAGUGAAGAUCGCAAGCAGCAGGGCGUUCGGGAGGUGUUUGCGCUGUUCGACCCCACCAACACUGGCAUCAUCUCCCGCGAUAACUGGAUGCGUUUGAUCUCGUCCGGCACUCGACUUCCCGAUCUUGGGUUUGGUCCCGGUCAUCACGGCGAUAUCGAGUAUGAGUAUGAAAUCCACCAUUUCGAGAAGUACCACGGAGACGAUACAACAGAGGAGGACCUCAACCAUCCCGAAGACAUUGAGCAUUUCCGGAGACACGACGAGGAGGAUAUGGCGGCGGAAAGGCUGGAACAGCUCGAAAGGACACAGAUUGUGGAGAACAAUAUCCCGCAAAAGUUCCGCAGAAAGAUUUGAAGACGUGUACAGUAUGGCGUUGAUUUUCUCUUUUUCUUUUGUUGUAUAUAUGAUGUCUCCUUGGACAGUGUGAAUGCCGGUUACUUGAUAUGAACCGAUAAAUCGAUACCCUUUCGUCCCGAGGAUAGGAUAUUCACUGUUUGAUCUGGCCGGAUCCAGAUUUGCCCAGCUGCGCGCAAGUGUUGGGCUCGAUUUCAUUGAUGGGUCAGAGCUGGUGGGUUUGGGUUUUGUUGUUUCGCCAGUGCCUUAUUUCGGACCGUUGUCGGAUGGGGACGACAGUCUUACAUCGAAGACACAGUGCAUGACCCCCGGCGCGUAGGUCUUCACAAAUUCAACAUGGCGGCACUCAGCAAUGGCAGGCGAAUUGAUAGCCUGGGAUCGUAUCCUUUGGAGCUCUGUAGUAAAUUCCUGUUUCUUCUGCU